GGAAGUGUUUGAGUCUUCUCUCAGCUCUACUCGCCACCCUGGAUUAUUGGACUUUAUUUAGUUUGCGCCGAAUUCGCCACAAAAAUUAAUUACAAUUAAAUAACCAAUUAUAAAUUAAAGUCUGAAAAUGGCGAGCAACGUCGUCCGCCUAUUUUUGCGGGGUGCCCUGCCAAAACCGGCCUCCGCCGCGACGACGAGCAGCUUUCUUCACGCCCGGACAUUGACGACACUUUCGCUUCCUAAAAUUGUUCAGAGUGACGUACUGACCACGAGUUGCAGCGUCCUCGUUCCUUUGUCGCAGCGACGAUUCUACGCGACUGAGCGAUCAUCGGCAAAAGUUGAUGAAUUAAGGGCCCGUGUUUUAAAAGUUGUGGGAGCUUUCGAUAAGAUCACGGCAGAUAAGGGACUAGGAGGACGUCAGCAAGUUCGACACUAUUCUGCUGCUGAGCCUCUGUCCUUGGAAAUGAUUCGUGAUAGAAUUCUAUUAGUCCUUAAACUUUAUGAUAAAGUCGAUGUUGGCAAGCUUACAAUUGACUCACAUUUCAUGAAUGACUUGGGCCUGGAUUCUUUGGAUCAUGUCGAAGUCAUUAUGGCCAUUGAAGAUGAGUUUGGUUUCGAAAUCCCUGACGCAGACGCCGAGAAACUACUAAGACCGGCAGAUAUUGUCCAAUACAUUGCAGAUAAAAAGGAUGUCUACGACUAAUUUUAGUGUACAAUUAAAAAUUUAAGUAGCAGGACAUUACACCAUGAAUUGGAUGAUAUGAUUUAUAGCAUAAAUGAAGAAGAGAACCAACUUUAUUUACGUGCGGGAUGAUGACGACUAAAAACUACCGACGACGACGAAAAAAACCAAAUCAAGCAACACACGCCAUAAUCACACCAUCAUUUAAGAUCUAUCUUCGUCACCAACCAUACUGCAAAAAAAUUUCUUCUUAAUCUAUAUUCUACUCUCCUCGUUUAAAUUUACUAAACCUAAAAAUUAUUCCGAUCCCAUCCUUCCUUCGUUUUUAAACCGUGCAAGUAAGUAAAUGAGUGUAUGUAUAAUAUGGGUCAAACUAUAAGAAGUAGUGUAACUAAACACAAUGAAGAAACGAGUCAAAUGUUCAAUAAAUUAAGAAGCUGUUUAGUAGAAAGAGAUACAA